AUGUCGAGAAACGCCUCGACUGGUUCAACAAAAUCGAGACCACCUGCCCUUUCAAACAAGUCAUUUACCCGCUACGAACCGGCCCCUACACCAUUCCCUCUCGGAAGGAGUAGAGCCAGCACUAUCCAGUCAGUUACCUCGUUGAAGUCACCGAAGAGAGUGACUUCGGAACAGGAAGAUGUGUUUGAGAAUCCAUUAAACGAAGAAAAUGAACCACCUUCUCCUGACCUGGGACGGUCCCAGACUCUGCCGGACCGAUUUGACGAGUUGCCAAUCGAACUGGCUAGUUUGACGGAUAGAUUUGUUGAGUCCUUGAGUGCCAAAGUGUACCAUGAACCGCCUUCAAUUGACCAACUAUCCGAAUUGUUCCAAGAGUUUUAUGCUCGAGCCUCAGGUGCAAUCUCCAUCCACAUUUCUGCGCUCAAAUCACGUCUGAACCGGGAUCAAUCUCCCACGCCGUCGAAAGCGGCACGGCCGAAAGCUCUUCAGAGCAAACCUUCAAAUGACUCCCUGGCACCUCCGGAUAUGGGAGGGGGCUCUCAGCAAUUGUUGACGGCUUCUGAGGUGACCGAAAGACGCAAGCAGAGAAAAUUGUUGGAGUACAAGAGAGUCGUAUUAGAAGAGGCUGUGGAAAAGAGGGUAUGUGAGAAGAUAUAUGACAAAAUAUGGAGACAUAAAAGCACGUUGGACGAGGUCAGAGACGAGAAGUUGAGAUCAAAGACGGCAGCCCUGUCUCUGGUAGGAAUCGGGCUGAAAGACCUGGGUAUUGAGUGGAGCGCAGACACCGAGAAGACCGCUGAAGAUGUCCAGGUCUCGUUGAUACCGGCGAGAGAAGGCCUUGCUAAGAUGAAUGACGAACACUAUCCGCUAGGAAAAUUGCAACAUUUGACUGCUGCUCAUAAGGCCAUCGUCGAUACACUCUAUUCAAUUCACCCCUCUUCAUCUUCCGCGGACGAGAUUCUUCCAACCCUGAUUUACACCUUGAUUACAUCUCCGAUCGAGGGCAUCAACAUCAUCAGCAAUCUUUACUUUAUCCAGAGGUUUCGUGCCGCCCCGAAGAUCGACGGUGAAGCAGCAUACUGUUUGACCAAUCUCGAAGCUGCCAUCAGCUUUCUAGAGAACGUUGAUUUGACCAGCUUGAGGGCGGAUGAAUUGCCUGAAGGUCCCAAGAAGGCUCCAACUCUGCCAGAGACAUCGAGUCAGGAGAAGCUUGAGGCUUUUCCUCUUCUUCCUGAUUUAGCGCUAGCACCUUCGUCUCCGACGACGGCAAUGUCAGAAUCUAAUGCGACCUGGACAAAUGCGGAAGCAAGCCCCGCAUUGUCGAUUAUGAAGCCCGUACCGGAAAAGUCAACUCCUGCACCAGCAACUCGGCAUCAGCGGACCCUUUCCGACCUUCUACAGCCGAUCAGCAAUGCGAAUGAAGCUGUACGCUCAACCGCAGAAGAGGGUUUCAAGAAUAUCUCGAGCACGCUGGAUAACAGCUUCAAAUUUCUCAUGGGAAAACUAAAGGAGCGAGGCACCGAAAACUCCAAUGCAGAAGUCAUUGUCCCGAAAACGUUGGAUGAGGCCAGGCAACUGGUCAGUCGACCUCUGACACCGGAUGAGGAUGACCACGCGCUGAGCGAAUCGAGCUCAAUUCAUGAUGGCCAGCAUACGCCAAUGCCUUCAAACUUGACGAAGACAGAAGAUAGGAUUCUCAGCCUCCUUGGUGGACGAAAAGCAGCAGUGCGUGAACGGAGUGCGGACAGCGUCAAGAGUAAUGGAAGCGGGAAGCGAGUGGUAUUUAUGACGGGCAGCUCAAGCUCGCCCUCCGAAGGGGCUGGAACGGCGAUAAACAUACAAAAGCCUACUCCAUCAGCACCUCAACUAACAAGUAGUAAUCCGCUGGAGUCAGUCAAGAAUUUCGGCACUAGUCUCAACCCGAUCAAUCAUAUUGGCUCAGCAUUUGGUGGUGCAUUCGGACGAUUCGGGAGCAGGGCGACCGUGUCUGCUUCUCCUCCUUCGGGUCCAACACCUGCAGCACGGGCCAUUUUAGCCGAGAACAGCAAAAAGACCGAUAGUAAAGCGUCAGAAGAGGUGGAGAAAAUCUCAUUCCGCAAUCCCGAGAAGGACGAACUGGCUGGUAUCAAAGCAGCACCGCCGAUAUCACGGUUCAUGACCAUCACGGACGCGAAAGAGCUUAAGAUCGGCGAAGUGCAAGAGUUGCUCAUGGAUUAUCGACGCCUGGCUAGGGUUCUGGGAAAGCUCGUUCAGAGAACUCAAGUCGACCCUGAUACGGAUGAGAACGAAGCUGAUGCCGAAGCUGGUACGGCGGAAACCGGUCAGGAGAAAGAGUUGAGCACAGGAGGCAUUCGUGCCUAA